GUGACAACCCCGGCCUUUUAUAUUCGAGUAAUGCAAGGUUCUUUCCAGUACUGAACUGAAAUCAAUAAAGAACGACUUGUGUGUAAAUAAACGAAAUCGUAAACAUGUCUGGAAGAGGCAAAGGCGCCAGCAAGACCCGCGCAAAAGCUAGGACCCGUAGCAACCGGGCAGGUCUCCAGUUCCCGGUCGGUCGAGUCCACCGUCUUCUCCGCAGAGGCAACUACGCGGAGCGUGUUGGUGCGGGAGCUCCAGUCUACCUGGCCGCCGUGCUGGAAUAUCUCACCGCCGAGAUCCUCGAGCUGGCUGGUAACGCCGCUCGGGACAACAAGAAGACUCGCAUCAUUCCUCGCCACCUUCAGUUGGCGGUGCGCAACGACGAAGAGCUGAAUAAACUUCUUGGCGGCGUCACCAUCGCCCAGGGCGGUGUUCUGCCCAACAUCCAGGCCGUCCUGCUGCCUAAGAAGACCGGACAGUCUGCUCCGAGCUCCGGCAAGGGGGGGAAGAAGGCUUCAUCGCAGUCUCAAGAAUAUUAGCCACAUGGCUAGUAACUUUUAUCCCAACGGCCCUUUUAAGGGCCACCCCAGCUACAUCGAAAGAGCACAUUUCCUUUGUGUGUCUUCGUCACUUUUUUCCUUAAUAAAAUGUUUU